GUGUGUAAACAAAACUCAUUUCCUCGAUCCCAAAACUCCCGUGUCCCCCAACAGUAUUGUUAUGGUGUCCAAAAACCCAAACCCGGCUGAGGGCUUCUACUUGGACCCAAACGGAGUGGCUCUUCCCGGACUCGGACCCUUCACCACCACCACCACCGCCACCACUACUACUGCCACGACGGGGUCAUCUACCUCCGCUUCUUCGGAGGACGCGAAUAAGAAGAUCCGAAAACCCUACACUAUUACCAAGUCCAGAGAGAGCUGGACGGAGCCCGAGCACGACAAGUUCCUCGAAGCUCUCCAACUUUUUGACCGUGACUGGAAAAAGAUUGAAGCAUUUGUUGGUUCUAAGACUGUUAUACAGAUACGUAGCCAUGCGCAGAAGUACUUUAUGAAGGUUCAAAAGAAUGGGACAAGUGAACAUUUACCUCCACCCCGGCCAAAAAGGAAAGCUGCUCAUCCAUAUCCCCAGAAGGCUUCAAAAAAUGCUCCAGUGCUCUUACAAGUGUCAGGGUCAUUUCAAACUUCAUCUGCUUUGCUUGAAUCUUGCUAUGACUUAAGGCCUGAUUCCUCGACAAUGCUUAGGAGUCCUGUUCCUAGUGCUGCUGUGUCUUCCUGGAGAAACAACAGUGUGCAGACCAUUAAUAUGUCGCAUGGAACAAAAGGGCCAACAGUGGCAAAUAACUGUUGCAGUAGCACUGAAAGCACUCCAAGAGCACGGCCAGUUGCCGAAAAUACUGAUAAAGGAGAUCCGAACCAUCCAUUGAGAGUUCUGCCUGACUUUGCUCAAGUAUACAACUUCAUUGGCAGUGUCUUUGAUCCGAAUGCUACUGGUCAUUUGCAGAAGCUAAAGAAGAUGGACCCUAUAGAUGUGGAAACAGUGCUUCUGUUAAUGAGAAACCUGUCCAUCAAUCUGACCAGCCCUGAUUUCGAGGAUCAUGCAGAGAAGGUUGCUGUCAUCCAACGAGAUUGGCACAGAUGCAGCUAAUUAAAAUGCAGGAGUUAAAGCAUUGUACAACAACCGGUUUGUGAAUGUUGCAUAGCUUCAGUAGUAAGAGUUUUUGUUCUUACCUUGUGCCCUGUGUUUUCUCUUCAUAUAUUUACUCUCAAAGAAUAUGUCGAUACUGUUGGGGGGGGGGGGGCACGGGUUUGUGACUAGGGUUGCUCACAUGGCCAGGCCAUUGGGCAAAUAAUUUGGCUGAUGUAACUGUUGUUAUUUUAACGUCACCUGUAAUAUCCGACGAGAUAAAAUCAGGAGGAGAACGUACCGUAUUGCGGGAAUAUGUAUAGUAAUAGUUGGUUUGGUUUCUUUGAAGGACCUUUUGAUACUGUACAGUGUCGAAAGUCUUGUUGUCAAGUUUUGACUUUUUAAUUUUCUGAAAGGUGCAAUAUACAGUGUAUGCCAGUCA